GUUUGGAGACGAGGGUAGAGAGAAAGAGGGACAGAAAGGGAGUUUGGAGACGAGGGGUAGAGAGAAAGAGGGACAGAAAGGGAGUUUGGAGACGAGGGGUAGAGAGAAAGAGGGACAGAAAGGGAGUUUGGAGACGAGGGGUAGAGAGAAAGAGGGACAGAAAGGGAGUUUGGAGACGAGGGGUAGAGAGAAAGAGGGACAGAAAGGGAGUUUGUAGAGGAGGGGUAGAGAGAAAGAGGGACAGAAAGGGAGUUUGUAGACGAGGGGUAGAGAGAAAGAGGGACAGAAAGGGAGUUUGGAGACGAGGGGUAGAGAGAAAGAGGGACAGAAAGGGAGUUUGGAGAGGAAAUGAAUAUGAAUGGAGCUGUGCGCGUUGUCCUUGUUAGCUACGAAGGAGAAAAAAACUGGGAAGCAGACAGAGACUUAGACGCAACAAUCUGAACAGAAACACUGCAGUCUCCACCAUGUACCUUUCUGAACACCAGAAGAUCUGGAACAUUUGAAAAGAUACUAACAAAACCCACAGACUACUCAACGUGGGACUAAUAGAUCCAAGUGAAGGGGGUAGUGGAAAGACUCAUCCAUAGCUCUAACUCUGACAUGGCCAGUACUCAGACGAGUCUGAAAACCCCAUUCAAAGACCUGACCUCGUUCAAGGGCAACAUGAAGCAGCUGUACCGUGAGAGAAUAGAAGAUGUGCCCAUUAAGAAGAGGCUGAUGGCUGAGAUGAACCUGAAACGCCGAAACCUGGACCCUCUGACCCCCCUGCCCUGGACCCCCAAGGUAAAGAGGGAGGCUGGGGAAGAGCAGACCCAGGACCGGGAGGUGGAUCCAGGCAUGACUAGAUCAAUAGAGAUGGACAGUAGGGGGGAGUUCCAGGUAUGUGGAGCGAAAGCUUUAGACCUGAGCCCUGGGCUGAAACACACGCUGGCAGCCUUCACUCUCAGCAGCGCGCGCUCUCUGGGGGGCCCAGCAGCCUUCUCAGCCCGCUCUGGCCACGAAGCAUCCUCCUCCCCCAGCCCUGGUUCCUACCCUGGCAUGGCACCUCUACCCUCCCCUCCUGUGCUGGGAGGUAUACCCCUGCUGGUGCCCAGUGACAGCUCCACAGAACUCAGCCACUCCCUUCUCGAGGGAGAAUCUAUCUCGUGCUUUGCCGUCGGCGGGGAGAAACGCCUCUGCCUCCCCCAGGUGCUCAACUCGGUUCUCCGCCACUUCUCCUUGCAGCAGAUCAAUUCCGUGUGCGACGAGCUCUAUGUGUACUGCUCACGCUGUGAUGGGGAACAGCUGCACAUACUCAAGGUGCUGGGUAUUUUACCCUUCAAUGCUCCGUCCUGCGGCCUCAUCACCUUAACUGACGCCCAACGCCUCUGCAACGCCCUCCUCCGCCCGGGGGCUGUCCUUCCCUCCGAACCCAUCACCAAGCAACCCGGCCAGGAGCUCCUCAAGGAGACUGAGGCCAGCUUCCAGGUGGAGCACCAGUGUCUGGGGAAAUGCCAGGGUCUGUUCGUUCCCCAAUUCUACGCCAAGCCCGAGUCGCCCUGUAUUCAGUGCGUGGAGUGCCAGCUGCUCUUCUCUCCGCAGAAGUUUGUGAUGCACUCUCACAAGUCGCCGGACAAGAGGACCUGUCACUGGGGCUUUGACUCGGCCAAGUGGCCGUGCUACCUGCAGCUGGGGAGGAAGUACCUGGGAACGGCGGAGGAGCCGCAGCUCAAACAGCUGUUGGAGGACAUGAAGGACAAGUUCCACUACAACCGAACCAGCGACAAAAAGGUGGUAGAAGAGGACGGCGAGGUGAGAAGAUCGUCUCCUCCAGAACCUCUAGCGUCUCUUAACAGUAAACUAGCCGACAACGACGCAGCGACCAAGGUUCAAGGCCAAGCACAGGCUACUCUGGUGUUCCCCCACAUCAAGGAAGAGCCCAGUCACCCCAGUUACAACCUGUAUUCAUAUGAUAAGAUGGUGGCUCCUAAUGUGUCUCUGAGGGAUCAGCCGGAGGUCAGCUCUGAGGUUCUGGGGGUGCUGCUCAAACACCACUACAGUAGGAGACUGGCCCACGGCCACCAAGACACUGCUAUGGGUCAGUACCACACACACACACAUCUCCAUGCCUCUCCCCCUGCUCCUCCCGUUGUCAACGACGCCAAGUCUCAGCAGCGAGUUGUUUCUACUGCUGACCGGGACCGCCAGCAGCCAGUUUCCAUGGAGACCAUCCCCAGCAACAAGAGUUCUUCUGCUGUAGCGAUGACCACGUCGGUAGCGGCGCUGGGGAGUAAAGAUGUCCUGUCUUCUGUCUGUGAGGACGACAAGGAAAGGAUCGUAGUGGAGAUCGUUCAGAUGUACAGCAGACAGCAGGAGAAGCUGCAUUCCACCCUGCACAACCAGCUGCAGCUAGAGAUGGAGUUGGAGGCGCUGCGUGGAGGCGAGGCUGUCAGGCUGCAGCAGCUGGCAGCAGAGCAGUGUGAGCUGCAGAGUGAGCUGGAGGCGGUGCACACUGAGCAUGCCCACAGGCUGGGGCAGGUGAGGGAGGAGCAGAGGGAGUUGGAGCACAGACUGGAACAGCUGAGACAGCAGAGCUGUGUGUGUGACAACACACACCAGGAGGAACGCUAUGCUAACCAGCUUGCAGAACUGCGUGGGAGGUUGGAUGGUGCGGAGGCUGACCGGGAUAAGCUCCAGGAAGAGUUGAGGAGUGAGCGGGAUGCCCGGGAGAAGCUGGAGAGAAUCAUCUCUCAGCUCCAACAGCAAAUGGGCCAGACGGCCUCCACCUCGGCCUCCUUCGUCACUACAGGGAGCCCCUCUCCGCCCCCCACCCCCUCCUCUCACACGCCCCACACAGAGGGACACACCGCUGGCCCUGCCGAGCAGUAGAACGGCCAUGCGCAUAAGUAGAGGAACUUAAGAAAUGCCCCUUCUGUCUCUCUCACCUCCGUUCUUUUGCUGCGACUCCCUCCCUUCAUCCCUCACCCCCCUGCUGGGAGAGACGGCAGCCCUUCAGACACAGACAACCCCCUCCCUCACCAUGUCUACCCCCUUCUCCCCCAGGCUGCUUCUCUCAUGUUGAUUAUGGCAGCCCCCCGCAACUCUCUGAUUCAGAGGGGUUGGGUUAAAUGCGGACACAUUUCAGUUGAAUGCAUUCAGUUUUACAACUGACUAGGUAUCUCUCUCCCUCCUCCUCUUUAGUUUUUUUGGAUAAGGAUUCCUGUUUGUUUAUUAAUUUAACACCACAUUAAACUAAUGUUUUGGUUUACCCCCGCCCCCUGUCCGUAAACAGUAUUUCAACUUUUUGGGGAUAUAUAUGUUUGUUUUUUAAUUUAUAGUUUUACUGAAUGAACAAAUGACUGCUUGGCAGACCGAUAGGAGUAGGAUGUUUUUAAGGACACUCUCCUUGCAUCCUCUCCUCCUUCCCUCCCUCCUUUAGAUUGUGGAUUUGAUGUGUUGUAGCCCACAUGCAGUGUGGGAGGUCAGACAGACAGUUCUGUCCUGGCCCUGCCCCUUGACUCUGUUCUGAACUGUGGUUACACUAGCGUUGUCACUCUUUCUACUACUACCUGGCACGCCAACCGGAGCUGCUGGAGCUAAGAUGGCGCCCGCUUGGGUGUUCCCCAUCUCAUACAGGCAGUCCAGUGCUCUGGCCCAGCUACUAGCCACACAGGACAUUUUUAUGGAUACACAUUUUCGUUUCACCUUUGUUUAAAAAAUAAAUAAAAAAUCCUUAUACACAUUACUUUCAAAUAAGCGAAAAGUGGUGUUGAGUUUGAGUGUUUGAUUUCCGUUAGCAACAGUUAGGGUCUUGCCACCCUCUCUCCUCUGUGAGACCCUCUCUGUCUCAAAUAAUAGACUAUUCCCCGUAUAGUGCACUACUUUUGACAAAAGUAAUGCCCUAUUCCCUAUAUAGUAGUGCACAAUAUGGGGAGUAGGUUGUUAUUUGGGAUGCACACUCUGAGAGCUGCAGGGGCUAGCUGUCUGCCUGGGGGAAUAUGGGUCACAGGUGAAAGGAAUUAGUCCAGACUGACAUCUGAUCUGCCUGCCUAGGAUCCAGGGCCCUUCCUCUUUCCCCUCCACUUUAUUCCACCUCACUGAACAAACAGAGCCUUGCCUGGCCCAGGCAGGGAGGUACAGUCAGGCGAAUAGAGCGUGGCAGGGAAGAGAGGAAGGGGAGAGACCGUCAGGCGGGAGUGCAGGGGGCAGACACCCUCUCAGGCUGGGUGGGCCGGGAGAGGGGAGCCCCUUUUGUCUCAUCAGAAUGUGGGCAGCUGCCAUACCUCCCACACACACACCAAAGCAAUGCCACAUCAGCCGGGGGUAGUGUGAUUUGUUGUGUAGAAGUCCAGGCGAACAGCACACCCAGCACCCAAUCAGCUAGCUCACACAGAACGGAUUUAGCCGUCACAGGCGGACCCUAAGAGAGCAGGGAAGUCUUUUUAUAGCCCCCCCAGACCCUUAGAGCCAGGUUGCAUGUAAAUAGUUAUUUAAAAGAGGGCCUUGGUUUAAACUCUAAGCAUAUUUUUUUAUGCAUCUGCUAUACAUGCAAAUUGGUAGACAUUCCACUGUGCUCGGACUUUUCAAUGCAGAUCUCUAAAGAAACAGUUCCCUUUAGAACAGAGUUUACACCAUGCCCUGACACAGUACUUAUAAUAUAGUAGGACUUAUUUUGUUAUUAAGCAGCAACGUUUAAAGAAAGCUUCAAAACCCAUUAUUUUCAUGAGGACAAAAACCACCCCACAAAACUACAACGAAACGAACGCCCUGGGUGUCUGAUGUGAAAUUCAGUUACAUGCAGAACAAAUCCAUUCUGCUCUACCGACCGUUGUUCCAUAAACUUUUGGAAAUUAUUUUGAGGGGGAAAAAAUAUAUUUAAUGUAUCAACUAAAGAUUUAUAUUCACUUUGUACAUACAUUAGUAAUUUAAUAUAUUAACUAUGCCAUGGGAUAAUAUUCUAAAGGUUAUUAUACAAUUGACUGGACCAGGCAAGGCCGACGCUCUAAAAACAUCCGUUAUGUUUCUGUUGUCUGAGUCUUUGAAAAAUGUAGAUUUGACGUAUCGUUUACUCUGCUAAAGGAACACUCCGCAAUAUAACGUCAUCGUACGCAGCAGACAGACUUCUUGUUUACGGUUAUCAACAAUAGCAGAAUUCAAGACUGAUCGGCUGUUAAUUAACUUUUUUUUUUUUUACGGCAUGCCUACAAUUGGGACUAACGGAUAGUGACUGUCUUGGGCAGAUUAGAAUUUGUUGUCGCUCCGCUGUGUACAUUGAUAUUGUGGAGCGCACUUUUUUUAAAGGGUGUAAAAUUGCUGUUGAAGUGCAUGGUUUUCGGAUACGACCGCAGGGCUGAAUGGGAAAGGAAGUACGUCGUUACAGUACUUCCCAGACCUGAUUACCUUGAUUUGUUUAUUUCCUGGAUGAUGAUUUCACCCUGAUAGACUUGACGUGUAAUCAUAAUGUAUACGCUUUCUCUCUUAAUCCAUUUUUCGUACACUAAACCACACCACCAGACAAAUUUGAAUAUGCACCGAACAUGUUUAUAUUUUUAAAAACUAAAUUUUGAAAACAUAAAAAAAAAAAAAAAAGGUUUGCAUGUAACUAAGUAAAUGGAUCCCCUUAAUAUGGUUUGUUAGUUUAAUGAUAUCUGACUUAAUAUGUUUAUGGUAUAAAACCGAAUUGUUUGUGUCCAAAGUGACACUAUUCUAUAGUGUCCAUAGGGCUCUGGUAAAAGAACAUUUAAAAAAUGGUGCACUAUAUACGGAAUAGCGUGUCAUUUGUGACAGACAGGUGGGGAGGGAGAAACCUAACACACAACUUGUUGACCAACUACCUAAUCAAACUAUACAAAUGUAGCCUCUAAAUUCUGCAAAGUGGAGCGAGAGAGAGAGAGAGAAGUGUGUUUGGUUCUGAGCGCAUGUGUAUUUGCCAGUGACCGAAGCACAGUAGCGAUGAAGAAGGGGAGAGAUUUAUUAUCAUGUAGCGCUGUGGUUUGUGUCCUAAUUAUUUGUCAACAACACUUUAUCGUCUUGGGGGUAUAGGGAGGGUCCUUGGAACUGCAUUGAUGUUUUACAUCACAAGAUGAUCAGUAUUAGGUUUUGUUAUUAUCGCCAUAGUUACCUCCUAGAACAGUCUACAACAAUCGUUUUGGGGUAUCAAAUGUAUUUCUAUGUUUUCUGUUGGUGUAAAUUUAAAUGUAUACAGAAGAGGGCGCUCUAUAUUUACUUUAGUUUAAUGCCAUGCUAAUGAUGUGAUGGAUACAAUCGAUUAAAAUAAAUCAAGACAUACUAUGCUGUAACACGGUGUGCUGUGCCCUCUUGCAUUUGCAAUGUUAUGAGAACUAGAAGACUAUGGGUCCCUGGUCAAAGGUUGUGCACUAUAAAGGGAAUAGGUUGCCAUUUGGGACUUAACCACAGUCAUGUGCUUUGUACAGUUUAUUUUAUUUUUAUUUAUUUUUUUAUAGCUGUGUAUUUUGUCCAACUCGGCUUA